AUGGCUGAACAAACUCGCUCUAAAGGCGUGUCGUUGACGUGGUUGGCUGCACUGCCUGUUAUCCUCGCUGCUGUCUUGACGGCGUAUCCUGAUGUAUUUCGAUCAUCUUCUGGGCCUGAGCCUGUGCCAUCUGUAACUAUCAAGCAAGGGACGAUAAUCGGAAAAUGGGUUGAUGAUGGAACAUUUCCGCAGCCGCUGGAGGGGUUCAUGGGAAUUCCAUAUGCAAUCCCCCCAGUGGGUGAGCGACGAUUUCGACCAGCUGAGCCUGUGGCUGCCAGUAAUGAGACGAUCGAGGCUUACUAUCUUGGACCCAGAUGUCCUGGCGUACAACUCGUUCCCUUCCUCAAAGAUCCCAUUCUCGGACCUGAUUAUGAAUCAGAAGAUUGCCUCACCAUCAAUGUCUGGCGCAAGAAGGGCCAUUCUCCCAGCAAGGGAAAGCUACCUGUUGCUGUCCUUAUCCCAGGAGGAGCGUUUAAUCGUGGUGCUGCACGAAUGCACAACUCGCAUACCAUGCUUGCUUUCUCAGAGGAGCCUUACAUCGCUGUCAGCAUGCAAUACCGCAUUGGUGUGUUUGGCGGGUUGAAUACAGAGUUGACUGCGAAGGAGGGAGUGUUGAACCUUGGACUGAAGGAUAUGUAUGUGGCCCUUGAAUGGGUUCAAGAGAACAUUGGAGCAUUUGGAGGUGACCCUGAUGAUGUUACUAUCAUGGGGUUAAGCGCUGCAGCUCACGGUAUUGGGCACCUCAUCAUGGACAUCAACCAGCCUAAAAAGCUCUUCCAUAAAGCCAUCAUGGAUUCUGGAGCUCAUACAGCUCGUGCAGUCCAUCCUCCAGAUGCAGCCCUCAACAGCCAGCACUUCCGCGAGCUCCUCGAUCUAACGCCCUGCUCACAUUUCAAGAAUCUCAAAGAUCCAAAGAUUUUAACUUGUCUUCGCGGUCUACCCUCCGAGACAGUAGACAAUGCAGGUAAAGAGGUGUUUGCUCGCUCAGAUCCUUCUAUCCGCUGGGCAUGGCAGCCCGUGAUCGACGGGGAUGUUAUUUCUCGACGACCGCUAGAGGCCUGGAAGUCUGGCAAGUUCAACAGAGUUCCUAUUUUGACCGGCUCAGCAGCUAAUGAGGGCGCAUACUAUGUUCCUCAAGCUGCUUAUAAGCCUCAAGACUUCACCAAUUUCUUCCGCAGCCUUUUGCCGCAUCUUACAACCUCGGAAGUUGCAGAGCUUGAGAAGCUGUAUCCUGAUCCAUCCACCAACCCAGAUUCGCCUCACCUUGACACACGUAACAUCCCAGGAGUAGGAUCUCAAUACCGAAGACUUGAGACUGCUUAUGGCCACUACGCGUAUACAUGCCCAGUGCGACAAACUGUCAUCUGGGCAACUUUCCACGACUCUCCUCAACCUGCAUAUCUAUACCACUGGGCACUUAACAAAACCGCUCUGUUUGGCGCGAACCACGGCGACCAGAUGCGUUACCAAACAUUCAACAAGGAAGUCCGCGAGAUUUCUCCAGCGCAGAAAGAAGUAUCCGGGCAGUUCCACGCGUACUGCACUAGCUUCAUCACAAAAGGAGAUCCAAAUGCCAUCAAGGGGGGAUUCUCACAUCGCCCGCAGUGGACAUCUUUUGAGAAUGGUAAAGGGAAGACGAUGCUGCUAGGGAGGGGAAAUGAUGAGAGAGCUGGGGGAACAGGGGUUGGAAAGCCGGCGGAGUUGCUUGACUUUACAUGGGGGGAUGAGCAGUGUGAAUUUUGGUGGAGGGUGUCCUCCAAGUGGGAGGACUAA